GCCUCCUUAAGGAAAUUCCAACUACCUAUACGUGAAUAUAGUUGAGAAUCUGUAUUGUUUGCAGUAAGAAUGGAAAGGGAGAUCGAAGUCCCUCCCUAUUUUGUUUGCUCAAUAUCGAUGCAAAUCAUGCAGGAUCCUGUAACCCUCUGCACGGAUGUCACCUACGACAGGGAAGGCAUAGAGAAAUGGAUAUAUGAGUUGCGGAAGAACACCUGCCCCGCCACGAUGCAAGUCCUCCACGACAGGGAGCUCACACCCAACCACACCUUGCGCCGCCUCAUUCAGCAGUGGUGCAUCGCCAACUCCUCCGCCAUACCAGAUCUUCCCUUGGACACCGAUCAACUCAACGAAAUGCUCCGACACAUCGGUUCCUGCCCGGCGCCGCCUUUUCGCGUGAAGGCCUUGAAAAAACUCAGGACUCUGGCAGCCGAGAGCGACACCAACAGACAGUGCAUCGCUUCGUCUGAUGCACCGGCUGUCUUAGUCUCUGUCAUCGAAAGCCAUUCCCCAGAAGCCGGUGAAACAGGUUGCUGCUACGAUGUCGCGGUGGCAUGCGAGGAAGCCUUGACGGUUCUCCAUUCUCUUCAAUUGCCCGACGAAACAGUGGAGUCGCUCACCACCGCCAGGUGCCUGGCUUCUGUGGCCUCAAUUCUCAAGAGGGGCACCUCCAAUGCCCGAUUUCAAGCCGCCAUGCUUUUACUGACAGUGUCAACGAAAGGCGUGGAACGGUUUGUAACGAACGCCAACGACAAUUUAAUCGAAGGCUUGUUGGAGCUAUUGACGGAGGAGGUUUGCCACAAAGCUUCAUCAGCCGCCCUGCAAGUGUUGACCGCAAUGAGUAUCAACAGCAGGCGCAGAAGAAAGAAAGUCAUCGAGGCAGGAGCAGUCUCCGUCUUGAUCGAAUUGCUUACCGAGCAGACGCCUGAGAGGGGGAGCGCCUGCGAGAGAAUGCUAUUUCUUCUCGAUGUCUUGUGCAGAUGCGGCGAAGGAAGAGCUGCCGUCGCCGACCACGCCAUGGGCAUCCCUGCGAUCUCUAAGAAGAUAUUUCGGGUGUCUCAUUUGGCUACUGAUAAAGCUGUUCGAAUCCUUUGGUCGCUUUGCAAAUUCUCCCUGUCUCAGCAUAUUAUGAACGAGAUGUUGCAAGUGGGUGCUGUGAAGAAGCUUUGCACGCUCCUCUAUGUCGAUUGCAGGCCUAAAACUAAGCGCAAAGCAACGGAGAUGCUUAAACUGCACGGUAAUUACUGGAGUAGCUCGUCAUGCUUCACCACGGGAUGUAUCCUUUGUAAUUGUGAUAAACAGCUAUUUUUUUAUUAGACCUUAGAAGAGGUAGAAGUUAAGAAUACGAAGGCAAUUGCAGUAAAACAAACAAUACUCCUGUGUGUUAAUCGAAAGACGGUC